UUAGAGCUCAAGAAAAAAAUAUCCAAAAGAAAAAAGAAAAAUUCGAAUUCGAGAAAGCCAUUUGCUUUUCGUUGGAUUUGGGUUUUGCUUCGAUCCCUACACUCUGUGGAUUUUGCCUCCCGGCGUGGAUCGAGAUAGGGUUUUCUCUGAUCUGCGCGAUCGCACCUCCGUCCUCCGCCGUCCGUCACUUAGGUUGAAGCGGUUAUAAUAAGUAGCGCCUAUCAAAAGCGUGGUUUGGCUCUGUGUUGCGAAGGAUGAAGUAAGUAGGAGGGUGUUGGGAUGAUAAGGCUUCUGAUAAUGUUAUUGAAUGAUGAAACUGUAUUGGAGGAUGUAUGAGUUUGAUUUGUAAUUAAAUUGGGUUUAGGGAGUUUACUGAGGAUGGAUGAUGAUGGAGACUUUGAUAUGUUUUUGCCCUAUUGGAACAACAAGAAUCCAACUGAUCGCCUUUUCAUAGUCUCUUGCUUUAUUGCGGCCUUAGUUGGAAUUUUGACUAUAGCCUACUCCGCCUUUCAAUGGAGGAGAAAUAUAAAUCUAAGUUGGAUGAAAGCCAUUGCCAGGUCAAAGAAAAACCCUAAGGCACGUCACAAGGUUCCUAUAACUCCCCAUACUUGGGUUCUAGAAUCUGUAUCUCGUGGAAAGAACUUGAAUUGCUGUGUUUGCCUAAAAUCCAUGAGCCCUUCUCAAACUCUUGGGCCUAUGAUAGCUUCAGAUAGUUUUAGUCACCAUUGCGACAUUUGUGGUGCUGUGGCUCAUCUGAGCUGCUCGUCUAGUGCCCAUAAGGAUUGCAAGUGUGUAUCCAUGAUGGGGUUUGAGCACGUGAUGCACCAAUGGGCUGUCCGUUGGACAGAGGCAACAGAUCAACCUGAUGAAACUUCUUUCUGCAGCUAUUGUGAAGAACCGUGUAGUGGGUCUUUUCUUGGCGGAUCCCCAAUAUGGUGCUGCUUGUGGUGUCAAAGAGUGGUACAUGUUGAUUGCCACAGUGGCAUGUCCAAUGAAACAGGCGAUAUUUGUGAUCUAGGUCCAUUCAGAAGGUUGAUUGUGUCGCCUUUGCAUGUAAAGGAAUUGAACCAGACUUCCUCAGGUGGAUUUCUGAGCACCAUUACUCAUGGAGCCAAUGAAAUAGCAUCUUCAGUACGUGCAACUAUUAGGAACCAGAGCAAAAAGUCCAAGCAUGGAAAUGAAAACUCUGCUGACACGGGAAAUAGUGGUAGUACUGGGGAUAUGUCUACAGAAAGCACAGCUGAUACCAUUCAAGCUGUUAAUGGUUCUCAUGAAGUUGAGGAAAACCGUAAUGGUACUGUGAAUGUGAAUCUGCAGCACCAAGACGAUGAUGUAGAUAAGAAGUUGGAUUCCAAACCCAGUUUCAAAAGGAGCACGUCAAACAAUAAGAAGGAUGAGUCUCAGGUUUUAGGUAUGAAACAAAGAUAUGAGUUGAUUGAUUUAUCACCAGAUGCAAGACCCUUGCUAGUUUUUAUCAACAAGAAGAGUGGGGCUCAGCGUGGAAAUUCAUUGAGAAAACGUUUAAAUACUCUUCUCAAUCCUGUUCAGGUUUUUGAGCUGAGCUCAACACAUGGACCAGAGGUGGGUCUUUAUUUGUUCAGAAAGGUGCAGCACUUUAGAGUUCUUGUGUGUGGGGGAGAUGGUACCGUUGGUUGGGUUUUGAAUGCCAUAGAAAAGCAAAAUUUUGAUUCUCCUCCUCCAGUGGCUAUUCUUCCUGCUGGAACGGGGAAUGAUCUUGCUAGAGUUUUGUCCUGGGGAGGAGGUUUGGGCUCAGUGGAGAGACAAGGAGGCCUUUGCACAGUUUUGCACCACAUAGAGCAUGCUGCAGUAACCAUUCUUGAUCGUUGGAAGGUAGCAAUUGUAAAUCAAGAGGGGAAGCAGCUCCAAUCGCCAAAGUUUUUGAACAACUAUCUUGGAAUUGGGUGUGAUGCUAAGGUUGCUCUGGACAUUCAUAAUCUACGAGAGGAGAAUCCGGAGAAGUUUUAUAACCAGUUCAUGAAUAAAGUUCUUUAUGCACGAGAAGGCGCGAAGGGCAUAAUAGAUAGAACAUUUGUAGAUUUUCCUUGGCAAGUCCGAGUUGAAGUGGAUGGAGUUGAGGUAGAGGUCCCUGAGGAUGCAGAAGGUGUACUUGUAGCGAACAUUGGGAGCUACAUGGGUGGUGUAGAUCUGUGGCACAAUGAAGACGAAAAUUAUGACAAUUUUUACCCACAAUCUAUGCAUGAUAAAAUACUUGAGGUUGUAAGCAUUUCUGGAAUAUGGCACCUUGGGAAACUUCAGGUUGGGCUUUCCCGUGCUCAAAGGUUGGCACAGGGCCAGUCAAUUAAGAUAGAGCUCUAUGCUGCAUUGCCUGUUCAGGUUGACGGGGAGCCUUGGUUUCAAAAACCUUGUACAUUGGCUAUAUCCCAUCACAGCCAGGCAUUCAUGUUGAAGCGGGCAGCCGAGGAACCACUAGGUCACGCCGCCGCCAUCAUCACUGAUGUUCUUGAGAAUGCCGAAACCAACAGUGUGAUAAACGCUGCGCAGAAGCGAGCUCUUCUUCAAGAAAUGGCGCUGAAGCUGACAUAGAAAAGAACUUCUCUCUAUAAACUGCUUAAAAUUUGUGAAAGUGAAAAGUUUUGAUUGUAUCUUGCUUAAUAUUGAUAUGUUGUAUACCAUCAUAUCACAUGUAUUUUUUUUUUGCCUUUAUUUUUGUUGUGGUUUUAAUAGAUUGCUUCUUGUUGAAGCGUUGUUGUACAUGAACCUUGUUCAUCAUCAAUGGAAAUAGGGAAUUUUACGAUUUUUCUGA